CAAAGUGACCAAUAGAAUUACAAGAUUCUUUCGUUUCUUAUAAACUUAACUACCAACUGAACUACCAUUCAAAAGCCAACGUCAGAAAACAAAAAUCAAGAAAUAUCCAUAGCGGAGUACGGGUGUGACAAGGAGAAGCAAAAGCUUCUUCUGCAGAGACAGACAUGGCGAGGAAUUCAGUCUCAUUAUCAGUUCCAGAGCCUUCCUGGUUCACACCCAAAAGGUUGCUGGUUAUCUUCUGUGUUAUUAACUUGUUAAAUUAUGUGGAUCGAGGAGCAAUAGCAAGCAAUGGUGUGAAUGGGAGUCAGGGGACUUGCACAUCGAGUGGUACAUGCACUUCUGGUAGUGGAAUACAGGGUGAAUUUAACUUGAACAACUUUGAAGAUGGAAUUCUGUCGUCUGCAUUUAUGGUUGGACUUCUUGUGGCUUCUCCCAUAUUUGCAUCAUUAGCCAAGAGUGUUAAUCCAUUUAGACUUAUUGGAGUUGGAUUGUCAGCAUGGACUGUGGCUACAGCUGGUUGUGGUUUUUCAUUUAAUUUCUGGUCCAUUACAAUUUGCCGCAUGCUAGUCGGCGUUGGUGAGGCUUCAUUUAUCAGUCUUGCAGCUCCUUUCAUUGAUGACAAUGCCCCUGUUGCACAGAAAACAGCAUGGUUGGCAAUAUUUUACAUGUGUAUACCAACUGGAUAUGCAUUUGGCUAUGUUUAUGGUGGAUUAGUUGGAAGUUAUCUUAAUUGGCGUUUUGCAUUCUGGGUGGAAGCCAUUAUGAUGCUUCCAUUUGCUAUUCUGGGUUUUGUUAUGAAGCCUUUGCAGUUGAAAGGUUUUGCUCCUGCUGAGUCUAGAAAAGCACUGAUCUCUAUGGAGACAGCUAUACCAGAAGUUCAAGAGGCUUUAAAUGUUAAAGGUAGUGCAGAAUCCAUGAAGGAAGAGUUCGGCCAUACAUUUUCCAAGCUAAAAUGUGCGUUGUUGAAUUUGAACCGGUUUUCAAGAUUUACCAAAGACAUGAAAGAACUUUUGGUUGAUAAGGUUUAUGUUGUCAAUGUUCUAGGUUAUUGUGCAUACAACUUUGUUUUAGGUGCUUACUCUUAUUGGGGGCCUAAGGCUGGUUACAAUAUUUAUAAAAUGAGUGAUGCAGACCUGAUAUUUGGAGGAAUAACCAUUGUCUGUGGGAUAGUUGGCACACUAGCAGGAGGUUACAUUCUGGAUCUCAUGACUUCGACAAUCUCCAACGCUUUCAAGCUUCUCUCAAUAGCAACAUUUUUUGGGGCAAUCUUUUGUUUCACUGCUUUUUGUUUUAAGAGCAUGUAUGCUUUCCUAGCUCUUUUCUCAAUUGGUGAAUUACUGGUCUUCGCCACCCAGGGUCCUGUAAAUUACAUAAGCCUCCACUGUGUUAAGCCAAGUUUGAGACCAUUAUCUAUGGCUAUCUCUACUGUUUCAAUUCAUAUAUUUGGUGAUGUGCCUUCUUCACCACUUGUGGGAGUCCUCCAGGACUCUGUCAACAACUGGAGAGAAACUGCUCUUAUUCUAACAUCAAUUCUGUUUCCAGCAGCUGGGAUAUGGUUUAUCGGAACAUUUCUGCAUAGUGUGGAUAGAUUUAAUGAAGAUGAGGGACAAGUCACUGAAGUUGACAGAUCAAACACGACACCCUUGCUUGGACCCAAAGUUGCAGAAGCAAGAGAAUCUUCUGUUCUCAGACUUGAAUGUUCGGAAAGGCUUCAGCAUCUUGUCAAUGCAGAUUGUUUAUUGAUAAUUACACUUUUAUUUAAUGAUUGCAUUGUGCUUCCUUAAGAAGUUGGUUCAUGGACAACCCUUUUGCUUUCCCUUUUAUCCUUUUCUGGGCAUGGCCGCAGGUUACUGGAUCCCACUACCAAGUAGGUUGACCAUACCCUUUGCCCUUUGGGUUUGGUUCUAACCAUUAGGUUGAAGUCUGGGGGAGGGAACAUGUACACAAAGAGAACUCAAUUACUCAAAACAAUAGUUUUCUCAUUUAUGUGUAAUUUCGUACAACUUUAUCACCACAAUUUAUAAAGUAAGAUAACGACAUAAAUACGACAAGACAGGUCAUACAUAAAUUAAUUUUA